AGGUGUCCGCGGAGCUCCUCCCCUGUAAAGUUGGCAUACCUGCGGAGUCAUCUAUCAGUCACCUUCUCAGCGGUGGCGUUUCUGAGAACCGACUAGAAGUCUCUUGUGCUACAGUUGUGCAGUUUGCAGCUUUGGGAGUUCAACAGGUCUGCUAAGGUUAGAGAUACUGCGACAUUUUCUGCGGACGUUUUUCUUGUAGUCUUCCAGCUGCGGGUUGGAAUGGCUGGCUGAUGUUUAAGGCGCUGUUUGACCCACGUUUGUCACCUUGAGCAUCCAAUCCGGAAAUCUUCACAGUGGAUGCCUUAAAUCAUGAAUCACCAGGGAUCUCCGGUGAAGCAAGCCAAUGGAGUGGCCAGAUCAGACAGCAAGCUCAGCGCAAAGGCCCUCUAUGAGCAGAGGAAAAAAUACUCCAACUCCAAUUUUAUCAUGCAGGAGACGUCGCAGUAUCAUGUGGAGCAUCUCUCCACAUUUGUUAUGGACAAGACAGAGUCCAUUGUCACAGUGGACGAUGCAAUCAAGAAACUGAUUCUUCUGGACUCAAAAGAUAAAAUCUGGACCCAGGAGAUGCUCCUCCAGGUCACAGACAAGUCAGUCAGGCUGCUGGAUUGUGACACUCAGGAAGAGUUGGAGAACUUCCCUCUCUCCACCAUCCACAUGUGUCAGCCGGUGCUGAAUCAGACCCGUUACCCCUCAGUGCUGCUGCUCGUGUGUCAGGACAAGGACCAGCACAAACCCGACAUCCACUUCUUCAACUGCGACGAGGUGGAGGCUGAGAUGGUUCAUGCAGACAUUGAUAGUGCCAUUGGAGACAUCAAGCAUGGGAAGAAUAUGAGGCUUCAGACUCUGAAGGUCAACCAGGAGAAAAUGAAGCGCCACAGAGAGACUAUCCUCCCCCCCUCGGCCCCCAAGGGCCCUCCACCUGCUGCAAGGGGACGAGUGGCAGCCGUGGACACACAGGACCGACGAGCUGUCAGACAGAAUGACUCAGAGUCACAUGAAAAGCUGGCCCAGCGCAUUGAGAAGGAUGUGCAAAUCCUCAACUGUGCCCUGGAUGACAUAGAGAUCUUUGUGGCACAACUGCAGAAGGCAGCAGAGGCCUUUGCUCAGCUCAACCAGCGCAACAAGAGUAAGAAGAAUAAGAAGAAAGGACCAGCAGAGGGCAUGCUGACCCUGCGAGCCAAGCCCCCCACUGAAGCAGAGUUCAUUGAUAGCCUGCAGAAACUGAAGCUUGCCUUCAACCUCUUGGCCAAACUGAAGAAACACAUUCAGAACCCAAGUGCGUCUGAGCUGGUUCAUUUUCUCUUUGGCCCUCUGGAACUGGUGCUGCAGAGCUGUGGAGGUCCUGAGCUGCCGCGGUCAGUCAUUGCUCCUCACUUGUGUAAAGAUGCUGUUGACUUCCUGCGAGGACACCUCACCCCAAAAGAAAUGACCAUCUUUGAGCUGCUUGGGGAAAGAUGGACCAAACCCAGAGCCGAGUGGCCGAGGGAUCAGUGCGCUCCUCCUUAUUACCCAAAGUUUCGGAAUGGCUGGGAGCCGCCUGCAGAGCUUUUCUUGACGUCUCCAUGGGAAACUGAGGGACCCUCGGGCCCCUCAGUUUCCCCGACAAGCCCCAGUUACAGCAAACACGCAACUGAGGAUUUUUACAGGUCUCAUUCCUCAAGCUCCUCAAAUGGGUCCUUCAAUGGGAUACCGCAGCCUCCCAAAUAUGCCAAAAUUCGCUACAGCUUCGUCGCACGGAAUGCCAACGAACUGUCAGUGCUGCAGGAUGAAAUCCUCGAGGUGUUAGAGGAUGAAAAACAGUGGUGGAAACUACGGAACAGGAGUGGGCAGGCCGGUUAUGUUCCAUAUAACAUCCUGGAUGUUGUGACAAUAGAAGAGCCAGAGCUCUCCCACCCCUACCAGCAAGGUUAUGGCCCGUCCUCUCCUAAGUCUCGGAGCCCUGGAAAUAGCUUCAAGGAAAGACCUAAGAGUGAAAUGAUAGAGGAGCUGUUGACUAAAAUCAAUAACAAGCAGACCCCAAGGAAGCUACAUGUGGAACGGCCAUCGAGCAUUCAAGUGCCGCUCAGUUCUGACUCAAAACCAGAGCAGGUCACCACAUGGCUCAGUUCAAAAGGCUUCUCAAAAUCGACUGUUGACUGUUUGGGGAUCCUGACUGGGGCUCAGCUGUUUUCCCUGAACAAAGAAGAAUUGAAGGCAGUGUGUGGAGAUGAAGGCAGUCGUGUCUUCUCACAGGUCACCGUGCAGAAAGAACUGCUAGAGAAGAGCGGUGGAACCUCAGAGCUACAGGAGAUCUUGACGCGGAGGCAGGAGAGGAUCGACUCCAGCAACAGAUACUGAACCUCAUUUUCCUCCCCCACAGCUUUCCAAGUGCAGCAGCUUCUUCAAUCAAUCUACUGUUAAUCAUGACCUGCAGUAGCAAAUACUGAAAUACUGUGUAUGUUUGUAAUUGUGUAUUUAUUUUGUAUCAUGCGAUGUGUGUUUUCAAGCAUUUUCUUAAUCGUGUUGCUUUCGUUCUCUUUUGUCUCUCCAAAUUUUAUUGAUAAAGAGAUUUCUGCAAAACAAAAAAGUAGCUUAUGAAUUUAUGUACACUUUGGUGUACGUGUGAGCGUGCGUGGGCAUGUGUAUGCAUGGCUUGCAUGCAAUGUACAUAUUUGUACAAGCAGCGCAGUUAAAUGUUCAUGCAGUCAGUGACGAGUCUGUUUACUAAAAUACCUUUGGAAUAAGUGGAUUUUAGCUGUUGUAUUUCAAAAUCUGUGCCAGAAUGAUUGACACAUUUCCUGAUAUAUGGCCAACUGUUUUCAUAUAACUGUUUACAGGAGUAAAACGUGCUCUGUGUUACUUCUAGUGGGUAUCAGAAGUUUUCUCAGCCUGGUUGAUUAAUGCUCAUCAGCACUAAGUAUUAAAACGAACAUUCUUGCUAAUCAUAUUUCAGACAUUCUGUCAAACUUAGCAGGCAAUAAUUCUGCAUGAAGAUUUUGUCAGUAAAAGUGAGAUGCUCUCAUUAAUGUCUUCUCAGCAGCAUGGUGUUUUGCGGUGUAAGCGCCAGAAAAACGAGCACGUGCAGUAGAUGUGCAGUUUCUGGUAAUGAAUUAAUAAGUGAAGAUUUAGAGAAAACAUUCAAAGGGCUGUAAAUAUUUUUUGGGACAGUUUUUAAAAGGAUAAUGAUUAAAAAAUAAAUAAACUUGGUGAGAAUUUUAUAAAUGUC